GUUUGCCUUCUAAUAUCUCAUCUGUUUAUAUUAUUAGUUGCUAAAUCUCAACCAAAGGUGGAUUGUGAAGUACCAUUGCUCCCAGACAGUUGUUGCAACCUUAUGUAGGGAUACUUCUUUUCAGAAAUUGUUUAAUUGUAUAUAUGGCUCGAAUUGAGUUCACUUAGUGUGAGGUAGAGAGACAUAGCACAUAAUUUUCAAGAUAACAAAUAUAAAUAGUUAUCUGUCGAGUUCAGGGAAAAUGAGAAACUCCAAAUCCAACAAAUAAUGAAAAGAUAUUCAAGAUAUUUUCUUAAGAUUGAAAACAUACUAGUUCCCGUUAGAAUUGUUUGCUUUCACAUAUUUGCAAGGAUUUGAAUUAUAGAAUCCUCAAUACAUAAUUUUUUUAACAUUUGAAUGAAGCUAAUAAAUAACAAUUACACAAAGAAAAAGUGAAACUGAAUUAUUGUGAAAUGCUUAAGAGAUAUUGAUGGGAACCUGUACAUGCAAAUGGCCAGCUGUGUGUACAAAUACAUGAAUGGAAAACCUUUUGCAUCUGAAUGGAGCCUUAGGAAAUUCAGAGGUUAAACCCAAUGUUCAAAAACGAGAGCAAAAUGAAUAGAAAGCCAGGUUGAAGGUAAAAGGAAGCAUUCCUAUCGCAUAAUCACAUAACUAUACAAUUGUUGUCAGUUGACAAUGUUGCAGCUUUUUAUCUUUUGAAACAAAGAAAUCCAAAAAUAAAACGCCCAGACUAAUAAUAAUCGUUCACGUUACUUUUUUUGAUAGAUAACAAUCCUUACACAUUAAGUUACCACUCAGAAUUCUCUUUUUUCCCAGUCAUUGCGGUAGCUUCAGUUAAACUAUGUAGAAAGAAAAAUAUAGUAUUUGGCCAGUCAAGUGCUUUUAAGAAAAAAAAUGAAUAAAGGUUAUCCAAAAGAUGAAAGUAGCAGAAAUGAAGAUGUUGAGAUGGAUGUGCGGGCAUACUAGGCUUGAUAAAAUUAGGAACGAAGAUAUUCGGGAGAAGGUGGGGUGGCUCCCAUGGACGACAAGAUUCGGGAAGCAAGGCUUAGAUGGUUCAGGCACGUGCAGAGGAGAAGCCUAAAUGCGCCGAUUAGGAGGCGUGAGCGGUUGGCUUUGGCGGGUAUGAGAAGAGGUAGAGGGCGGCCUAAGAAGUAUUGGGGAGAGUUGAUCAGGCAGACAUGGUACGACUUCAGAUUUCCGAGGACAUGGCUCUUGAUAGGAAUGUGUGGAGGUCGAGCAUUGAAGGUUUGGAGGAAAGAAAGAUAGAAUCAACAAAGGGCUAGUGGACAAUACCUUCAAAGAUGAGGGUUAAUAUGCAUUUUCCAAAUUACACUUGUUGUACAUGGAAUUAAGAGAGGUGGCAACUACUAUUGAGCCCAAACAUGAGAAAGAAGUAAAUGAUUUGAUCAAUAGGUACAAAAGUUUGUAUUCAGAAUGGCUUUUCGUGCUAAGGUUUCCCUUUCCAAUCCUUUAUUACUCUGAUAGGUGUGGUUUUGCACUUUUGAUGUAUGGCUUUGGAUCAAAGAAAGCUUUGAUUGAAGAUUUUGCCACAAGAUCUUUAACUGAGUAUUCUGUUGUUGUCGUCAAUGGGUAUCUCCAGUCUAUAAAUCUUAAACAGGUGGUGAUAACACUAGCUGAGCUCCUUUGGGAUCAACUAAAAUUGCGACAAAAGACAACAUCAAGAAAUCUGUCUAAAAGCCAACAACCAUUUAACCCCAGAUCCAUGGAUGAGCUUCUUGCUUUUCUAGACAAACCAGAUCUAGAAGAUGAGUGUUUUGUUUGCAUUGUUGUUCAUAACAUUGAUGGUCCAGGGUUGCGUGAUUCUGACUGCCAACAAUGUCUUGCAAGUAUUGCUGCUUGUUCUCAUGUCCGUAUGGUUGCUUCCAUUGACCAUGUCAAUGCUCCUCUUUUGUGGGACAAGAAGAUGGUCCAUACACAGUUUAACUGGUAUUGGUCCCAUGUUCCUACUUUUGCUCCAUACAAGGUUGAAGCAAUGUUUUUCCCUUUCAUUCUCGCUCAUGGGGGCACUGCUCAAAGUGUGAAGACAGCUUCAAUUGUCUUACAGAGUCUGACACCAAAUGCUCAAAAUGUUUUUAAAGUUCUUGCGGAGCAUCAAUUGGCGCACUCUGAUGAAGAAGGGAUGCCAAUCAAUAAUCUGUACACUACAUGCCGAGAACGUUUCCUGGUGAGUAGUCAAGUUACUUUGAAUUCACAUCUGACAGAAUUUAAGGACCAUGAGUUGAUCAAAACCAAAAGAAAUUCGGAUGGUCAAGAUUGCUUGUAUAUUCCUCUUACAAAUGAAGCCCUUCAGAAACUUAUCGCAGAGAUCAUUUAACAGGGUUUCUAUACGAGAGGGGAAAUUACUAAUUGGCAAGUUCUAAGCAGAUGCAUCUUUAUGUAUGGGAAAAAUUUCACGUGCAGAAAAGUGCAUCUACUCACUGCUUGCUAGUAAGAAAUACUAGCCUGGUUCUCCGCUGGCUGUCACAUUGACAUGUUAGGAUAUCAGUUUAGUAUGGAAAACCUAUCAAGCAUAUUUAAGAGGCAGCAAAGGUACUGCGUGCUCCUGGUUUCAGUUGUCUAUGGUGUGGGGGUUUACUAGAUCCUCUUUUGUAAAUGUUGUAACAGUAGUAAUUUCUGUUGACCAUCUUCUUAUUAAGAGAUUCAGCUUUGUAAAAAGGCCAAUUACUUUGAAUAUAGUCUGCAGUCACUUGAAGCACCGUUUGAUGUUUUAUAGAUUCUUGCUUCUUUAA